CUUUUGGAAUCUUCUUUACUCAAUCACCCUUCUCAUUCAUAUUCUUUGCUUCAAAUUAUUUUUCAUUAAUUCAGUACAUAUCUUGCACCAAACCAAUUAUCAAACUCUGACAUGAAAAAUUUGGCUGCUAGUGUUUUGUCAAAACUGUGAGCUAAGGUGGCAGUGUUAGGGAAAUUCAUUAAUGGCCGAUUUGAUGGGAUCACGGGCAUACUGCUGCUUCAAGUGCCAAAACCUUGUUGCUUUCCAUGAUGAUAUUGUUUCCAAAGAUUUUCAGGCAAGCAAUGGAAGAGCUUUUCUGUUUUCUCAUGCCAUGAACAUAUUUUUGGGACCUAAAGAAGAUAGACAGCUUAUGACUGGUCUUCACACAGUUGCUGAUGUUUUUUGUUCUGAUUGUGGUGAAGAACUUGGUUGGAAAUACCUUAAAGCUUAUGAGGAAACACAGAAGUAUAAAGAAGGAAAAUGUGUGCUUGAGAAGUUUAAGAUUGUUUUGGGAAAUGGGUAGCUAACAAAAUUGAUUUUAACAGUACUUGUUCAUUGGGGAAUUCCACAAGUACAACAUUAGUAUAAUUGUGAAUUUUGUGUCUUUGUAAAUGUUGCUUGAUCAGGGGAAAAAGCUCGAUUUUAUUCACUCAAAAAAAUUGAAAAAUCAAAUAAGUUGUCAAAAGAUAUCAUUGUCUUCCCCUCAUGUUAAUUGUUGAAUGGUCCUUGUUCAUAUUGUACAAAAGAUUCUUUUCAAGAAAAUUACAAACAUCAUUAUUAGCCUUGUACAGAGAAGGCUUGUUGUUUUAUA